CGAGAAAAAGGUGCAUGACCGACCGGAUCGGAUAAAAAGCGAGAAAAAAAUACGCCCUGUAUCCUCAAUCGCGAAUAAGACCGGUCGACCAGCCUCCACCGAGCUUAGUACUUGGUGGACCGUCCUCGGGAAGGCCGCGAGUUGCGGUCAACGUCAUCUUAAACGUUUCCUGAAACAUCGCGGGGGUGGAAUUACGCUGCAACGCCAUUUACCGCGCUUCGAGGGUGCUUCCGGUAGCCAUGUGGCCUUCUACUCUAAUCCUCCUCGCCCUGCUCUGUCCCGCAUUGUCGAAAACCGCGAGCCAUGAAACCCCGCUAAAGGAAGACUCAACCGCCUCAUUAACCGCGAAAGACGCAUUACCGAAUCGAGAAGGAUCGAGAGCAGAGGAGAACCGCCCCAUAGAAACCCUGUUCAUUCCCGAGGACCCGAGUAGAUACGCGGAGAUCGUCGAGCAAGUGCGGAAACUGCUCGAGCGGGCGGAUCCGUCGAAAGUUUCGGAGCACGUCGAGAACACGGGUGACUCCGUUGACGAGGGGGCCACCGUAGACUCCGAGGUGCUCACGGAGGUGAGGCCGGGAAACACGCUGGAAAAUACGAGCCGUUGGGAACUCGCCCCGGAAAACGGGACAAAGGAGACAUUUUCGAGCCCGUUGUACGGAGAAGAGGGAGACUCGAGCCUACCGGCGACCGAGGAGGAGUAUUCGCGGAGAAACCCGGCAGGACUUUCCUCGAGGACCGCUGUCGGGGAUAAUGGAGACGACGCGUCUGUAUCCGUGGAAAGCGAUGAUCCGAAGAGCCAAGAGAAAAGCGAGCCCGGAGAGGAAGACCUUCUCGAGGUCGCCAACUUCGGGCUGCAGGCCAUGAAGAACUUGUACCUUGUUACCGAGCCUACGCUCUACUCCAUGGGUCUCUACCUGGACUCGGACAACCCGGCGAAGUAUGUGGCAGCUUUCAACGACCAGACAGAGGAGGCGAGGGCCCUCGCGAAAUAUGGUUUCGCCGUGCUUCAGAGUACCACGAUGUUCAAGAAGAAGUUCCCGGACAUUCCGACGGAAUCGCUGCUGGCUCGACGAAGUCAAAGCAAUCUGCUGCAACGUCACUGCCCGAACAGAGGAGUACCCGAGUGUCCACCGGCUAGUUCGCGAUACAGAACGUCCGACGGCAGCUGCAACAAUCGGCAGAACCUGUGGUGGGGGUCUGCGAUGUCCCCUAUGAACAGGUUCCUGCCUCCAGUUUACGGCGACGGAGUCCAAAGCGUAAGGAAAUCGAUAGAUGGAUCGCCUCUGCCCAGCGCGAGAGAUGUGACCAGGAUCAUCCACGAGGACAGAGACGUGCCUCUAGCUUCGAUCACUCACAUGCUGAUGCAGUGGGGGCAGUUCGUGGAUCACGACUUAACCGCUACCGGCCAGAGUAGAGGAUUCAACGGGAGCAUUCCUCAGUGUUGCCUCAACUUUGGCAAGGGUUUCCAGCCUGCAGAAUUCAUGCAUCCCGAGUGUCUGCCGAUCAGCGUGAGCGCGGAGGACAGUUUCUUCGGUCCUCUAGGAGUCAAGUGUCUGGAGUUUCUUCGGAGCGGCCCGGCUCCCAGAGAAGACUGCAAAUUCGGCCCCAGGGAGCAGCUGUCGCAGGUGACAAGCUACGUGGACGCGUCCACGGUGUACAGCAGCAACGCCUUCCAAACCGACACCUUGCGGCUGUUCCGAAACGGUCUCUUGCAGUACGGAAAAAUCCAAUCGCAGAGGCCGGUGCUCCCGAAACAAGAUUCCGAUCUCUGUCUACGUGGGUCAUUGUCAACGAGAUGCUUCCGCGCCGGCGACGGUCGGCUCGGCGAGUUCCUGCCUCCAGUUUACGGCGACGGAGUCCAAAGCGUAAGGAAAUCGAUAGAUGGAUCGCCUCUGCCCAGCGCGAGAGAUGUGACCAGGAUCAUCCACGAGGACAGAGACGUGCCUCUAGCUUCGAUCACUCACAUGCUGAUGCAGUGGGGGCAGUUCGUGGAUCACGACUUAACCGCUACCGGCCAGAGUAGAGGAUUCAACGGGAGCAUUCCUCAGUGUUGCCUCAACUUUGGCAAGGGUUUCCAGCCUGCAGAAUUCAUGCAUCCCGAGUGUCUGCCGAUCAGCGUGAGCGCGGAGGACAGUUUCUUCGGUCCUCUAGGAGUCAAGUGUCUGGAGUUUCUUCGGAGCGGCCCGGCUCCCAGAGAAGACUGCAAAUUCGGCCCCAGGGAGCAGCUGUCGCAGGUGACAAGCUACGUGGACGCGUCCACGGUGUACAGCAGCAACGCCUUCCAAACCGACACCUUGCGGCUGUUCCGAAACGGUCUCUUGCAGUACGGAAAAAUCCAAUCGCAGAGGCCGGUGCUCCCGAAACAAGAUUCCGAUCUCUGUCUACGUGGGUCAUUGUCAACGAGAUGCUUCCGCGCCGGCGACGGUCGGCUCGGCGAGCAACCAGCACUCACGUCUCUCCACGUGGUCUUCCUGAGGCUGCACAAUAGAAUAGCAACGAAACUAGCCGCGUUGAACCCUCAAUGGAGCGACGAGAAACUAUUCCAGGAAUCCCGGCGGAUCGUCGGCGCUGUCGUCCAGCAUAUCACCUACAGAGAAUUUUUGCCGAUCGUUCUUGGUCCCGACGUGAUGAAGAUAUUCGACCUUGGUGUCCUUAAGAAAGGAUACUACACUGGCUACGAUCCUUCGGUGAAUCCUACCGUCGCCAACGAGUUCUCCGCAGCUGCUUAUCGUUUUGGUCACUCGCUGGUGCAGCGGAGCUUCGUCCGAUUCGACGGCAACCAUCGGCCUCUGCUCAACAACGUAACGAUCCACAGGGAGUUCAGCAACCCGGCGAACCUAGAGACAGCAGGCUCUGUGGACCGUCUGCUCCUCGGCUUAAUCAAUCAGCCCUCCCAAAAGAGGGACGAGCACAUCAGCGACGAGCUAACCAAUCACCUCUUCCAAACCCCGAAGUUUCCCUUCGGCAUGGACCUGGCCUCCAUAAACAUACAGCGAGGCAGAGAUCAUGGGAUUCCUCCGUACGUCCAGUGGCGAGAACCUUGCGGUCUUUCGUCGAUAAAAAGCUUCGAAGAUCUACAGAGAGCGAUGCCUCCGGAGGCGGCCGCAAAAUUUAGACUAGUUUACAAGUUCGUGGAGGACAUCGACCUCUUCACGGCAGGAUUAGCAGAGAAGUCGGUCAGCGGAGGAUUGGUGGGUCCAACCUUGGCCUGCAUCAUCGGGCAACAGUUCAGCAACCUUCGCAAAGGCGACAGGUUCUGGUACGAGAACCCUGAUCGGGAGAACAGCUUCACUCCGGGACAGCUUCAGCAGAUCAGACGCGUCAGCCUGGCCCAAGUGCUCUGCGGCACCAUGGACGAGAUCGAGACCAUUCAACCCUUCGUCUUCCUGAUUCAAGACAACUUGAAGAACCAGAGAGUGAGCUGCCAAGAUUCAGGGAUAGGUCAGUUGGACCUGGAGUUUUGGAAAGAGGGUCCUUCGGGAGUUCGGGGCAGAGCUGGGUUCCUGGGGCCGUUCAGGAAGAAGAUUCCUGCUCAGAACACCACCGCGAAACCCAUGACUAACGGGGCAGUUGUGACGAAAGUCGGGGACCAAUCGCAGAAGAACGUGUUGCAGAAAGGAACGCCGACGGAGACGAGUAUCUAUCAGAGCAACAAGAUCAUCGUCAGAAAGCCGCUCGGUCCGCCCGAUAACGUGACCAUAGUGGUGCAGAACAACGCUGUGAACGCUCCCAUCUUCGUCAAAGACGGGAACUUUGGCUCCACCGUUAAAGAAGACCCUCCGAAGCAGCAGAUCUAUCAACCUCCCAGACCGCCUACCGAUUAUGUCAACAACAGACCCUCUACUCUGCCCACCAGACCGCCUACCGAUUAUGUCAACAACAGACCCUCUACUCAACCUCCCAGACCGCCUACCGAUUAUGUCAACAACAGACCCUCUACUCUGCCCACCAGACCGCCUACCGAUUAUGUCAACAACAGACCCUCUACUCUGCCCACCAGACCGCCCUUCGAUUAUAUCAACAAUAGACCGAUUGGUCCACCUUCCAGACCGUCGUCCGAUUACGUCAACGAUAUACCGGUCGAUCAUGGCCCUCUGCAACAGGUUCCAAUUUAUGUGAACCCUAAACCAAUACCUACGAUCCCUCCGCCGUCGCCUCAAACCGGACGACCCUACGUUCCGCUCGCUUUCGACGAUCCUAACAACCCUAAUCCUCCCAGCCAAGGCUUUCACUCGAAUUAUGGGCUGAGCGGCGUGCUAUUCGAGAACUAUGGUAGCAGUCCCAGACCGACUCUGUACACUUAUUAUACCAACUAUCAGAGGCCGGUUACGCAGAGACCUUACCAGGAUUACGCGAAUGAUAAGCCUCAGUAUCACGAUCCGAGACCUCCAGUGAGCACCUGGCCGAGCCACGAGCCUCAGUAUCAAAAUAAUGGCCAGAUCACUCAUAAACCUCUUUAUGGAAGACCAGGGAGUCAGUAUGGGUCUGUUAGCGGCUACACCUUGAAUUGGCAAGAGUUGCAACAACAGAGUUUGAUGAACCAGCUGAUCGAUCCCGGACAGUACGGAGGUAGACCUAACAAGCCUUACGAGAGUUUGCGGGAUUCUAAUUGGCAGUAUCAAAACGACAGAUACGGGACGGAUCACAGACCAAUAGAAGACAGACCGUACGAGUACUCGACUUGGUCCAGCGUGUCCUCUAAUUCGGACAGAGAUCGUUACGAUUCGAAUAGACCUUAUCAACGUCCCGUUCAGGCGGAUCCCGACGGCUGGUCCUCUAUUCCGACUUACCAGAAAGACAGGCCGGCUUAUCAAACUAUCACCAGCAAGCCCAUUGACAGAGUAAGCACCGACGGUUUGUACUUGAAGAGUUCCUCGGAGAAACCUUGGGUUUCCGAGCCAGCGAAGAACGAUUAUCAGAGACCCAACAGGCCUUAUCACAACGGCGACGUCUCUCCUCCACUCAACAUCGUUACCAGGCCCAGCUACGAUUACCACAAUCGGUUUCAUCUAUCUUCGCCGAGGCCGUUCACUCAAGAUCAAUGGAGCGAGUCAGAGAACUCUUACCAGAGGCCGAAACCGUCGAAGGUCCACAGCGUGACGAUCGUGACAGAAGAAUCUGCUGGUCAGGAUGGACAGAAUUGGGCAGGCCACGUGACUACCGAGGUCCCGAGCCCGCUAGUGACUCGGAUCACAGAUAACAGGCAUAUGUUCAGAAGACCGGGACAGUAUUAUUACGAAAAGAACGUGUUGCAUCGAUAUCCUGAUAACAUAGAAAUCAAGGCCACCACGGACAGGCAUUUUUCAACAGAAGCUAGCGUCAUGCAGAGGCACAACGCUUUGGGAGUUGCCGAAGACAAUCCUCGAGAUACCGAAGCGAUCAGGAACGAUACGAAAGCUGAGGUGGCCACGAAUGCGCCGAGAAACGAAACGGAAGAUGUCGCAGCUGCUCAAGGUCCGGUAGAGGCUGACGGAGUUCUUGUCAACGGAACAAGCAACUGGCUGACUCCGCAAGAGGAUUCGAGUCUGCCGUCAGCUCCGGAGGUGCCAAAAAUGUCGUCGGACCAAGCCACAGCUGCCAAGGAAUUGCCCAAGCCCAUUAAACGCAGAAAUUACGCUUCCUGAGACCCAUUAGGUUACCGCGACGCUCCGAGGCUCGCCGAGCAAUCUUCCCCUUUUAUCCAGCAGGAACACGUAGGGGAGGCACGACCGUCGCGUAAAAAACAUCAGGCCAUCGCGAUCGUCCGAUAUCUACCUAUCUAUCGUUCUCCGUAGAAAAGUUCCAUCUCGCAGAUCGAUUGCGACAAUCGGUGAUGACAUCGAACAGCAUUGUUCCGCUGAGCGUCUUUUUUUAUCGCGGAAGCACGGAACGCAACAGGUCUCUCCCGAUUUUCGCAGCCACGGCACCGUUUCGAAUUCGGUCCGUGAAUCUACAAUCUUGGAGAACGCAUCUUUACGCGAAUCGAAUCGCAUCUAGACUGCGGAUUUCGCGCGUUUGCGAACAAAUUGUCCAGGUGCAACGAAGACAUUGGAAUCGAAAUUAUUGCGUUAGGAGAAGUACAUUUUUAUUUAAUUUUAUUUAAAUUGAUUCGGACGAUUUUUAUUUUACAUCUACGCGUUAAUGUCUUCGAAAUUAGAGGAAAACUUCGUUCGAUGGAUCGUCUUAGGAGACAAAUCCGAACUUGUACAGUCUAGAAUCUGAGUCGUAGGUUCGAGUUCCUCGGAGCUAUUAAAAUACUAGCGCGCGAAUCGAUCGAAGCACGAAACAACCUAGCGGAAAAAGAUUGCCAAAUGGAUUCUGUUGCGUCCGAGAAGACCGGCCUCGGGUUCCGCAAGCUGGUUUUUUCCUAGGGCAUGAGUUAUGGGGUGUUGUUCGGCGGGGACAGAUUUAUGAAUGACAGGGUUCCGACGGGCAUUACCGAUUGCACAAUGGCAUACGCGGUCUAUCACGUCUCCCGAAGGGUCAGGUGGAACGUAGCCUAGUUUUACGCCAAUUUUAAACCGGCUCGGAUCGCCUGGAACCACUCCGUGACUAUUUUCAGACGUCAGUGUCCCGGAGCCGCGGCGGCACCGUGCUUCAUGCCGCGAGCCGCUGGCUGAUUUUAAUUACAGGUUUUACCGGCACUUCUCUUCUCCUCUCGUCUUUUUUUCACCGCGCCGGAGAAGCCUUAUACGUCUGGAGGCAGGCAGACCUCCUCUCCGAGUCGCAAUCGUCCCCGUUCUCCCUUCCCCCCCUCGUUCGACAGAGCCGGAAUAGUAUUAUCGACGUAGAGCAUGCUCGCUAUUUAUAAAUUAUUCGCUGUUCGUUACUGUUAAACUUAAUCUUUAAGCUCGUAGAUUAGAGUCGAUUUUUGUUCGCCUUCCGAUCGGCGUGCUGUCGCCCGCGAUUGGCGAUCGCGGAUGAGGCUUCCUUUGGACGUCGUUGGACCGCGGAUUUUUCGCUUCUACGGCAGAAGCGUGUCGAUGAAGUUUCAAACAGCAGGUUAUUUAAGACGACGUUUCUAUUCGGCUCCGGUCUCUUCGGAUCGAUAUAGGCAAUUUUCAUUUUUCGCAGAAGAAUCCGCGGUCUGCUCGUCGUCGACACGAGUCCAUUGUCACGGGAUCCAUAUCUAUUCCAGUUUCAUAGUUAGUAGACUGCGGAUGCAGGCAAAGGUUGGUAUAAGCUCGCUGCGUCGACGUUAGCUACGUAUCUUUAAGUUAAUCUCGCUAGGGAACGACAAAUAAAGAAUUAGCAGAAGGUAAUAAUCGUAUAUAGGGGUACAUAGCACGAUACGUGUAUAGCGAUUUUCUCUCUGCUUCGACACAGAGGCUUCAUCCCCGUAAAAAUCCUCGCGCACAGUUCGUUAGACCGUGGAUUUAUAAUUUAAGAUUUGCAUUUGUCGAGAUCGUUGUCGAUGAAUUCGAUGUUCGAUGUACGUUUCUAUCUGCUAACGAAUAAAGUCUUCGGUCCAGAGGA